GUUACGGUACUUGUAUACAAUACACACAUGUGGGUCCAAAUGUCAAUAACGUUUUAAAUGUAUGGUUAUGUUUGUACUAUUUUUAAUCAGUAUUUUGACGACGACUGUUUAGUGUUGAUUACAAUGUUGCAUGGUUCAAAGGACAUUUGACGAUUCGAAAGAGAAAAUAAUCACAAAAAAAACUGUUCGGAGCAACGGGUUACUGACAAAAAUUGGCUUUAUUUCGGCUGAAUUAUUCGAAUCACUCAAAAUGCAAAACUUCAUAAGGAAUAUAACAAAUUCUCUGUUUAAAAAGCAUUUAUUACUAACAAAUACCGUCAGUUCUGGUGUUUUGAUGUCAAUAGGCGAUGGCCUUUCACAGUACGUUGAACAAAAAAUCACACUCAAGCAUAACAAAGAGCAAUGGAAAUUCAAAUUGGAUUGGUCAAGAAAUGGGAAAAUGUUUGUGGUGGGUGCUUCAUCAGGCCCUUUGCAUCAUUACUUUUACGGAUGGCUUGACGCAAAAUACAUUGGAUUCACGUUGAAGGUCACAAUGAUUAAAAUUCUCUACGAUCAACUUGUGAUGGCGCCGCUAUGUAUUGCAUUGUUUUUCUAUUCAGCCGGCUGGAUGUAUAAACAAAGCUUCAAUGAUUCGACGAAUGAGUUGAAAUCAAAAUUUUCUACCGUUUAUAUAACAGAUUGGAUAGUUUGGCCGUUCGCACAAUUUGUGAAUUUUCAUUAUUUAUCCACUGACUAUCGAGUGAUUUACGUAAAUUUUAUAACAAUGUUAUACAAUGUAUUUUUAUCAUAUGUUAAACAUACCGAUUCCGAAAAAUGGAAAUAUUGGAAAUUUUAAUUAAUGUAUAGUUCUCUGUGUUUUU